CUUCAGCAGCUUUAAAAAUGGACGAGUUACUUCACUGGCUUGAGGUCAGGAUUAUAUCAUCCUUGAGACCAAGAACAGAAGAAAUGAAAAAUUUGCUUUUGGAUCACACUUACAGAUCCUGCCUUCUUGAAUUUCUAAAGAAUGAAGAUGUACACACUUUAUAUGUUUACUUUAAGCUUGACAAGGCAUCCUUAGCAGCCAUGCUGUCACCGCCAGCUGUCUUACAGAAUAAAUGUGUAUGCUUUUUAAAACUGGGGACUGCAAUCAAACUAACAGCCGAAAGUAUAGCUGAUCAUGUGAUUUCUGUGGACUGUGAUAAACUCCCGUUAAAGUAUUUUGAUAGUCUUCUUCACCAAGUCUACUUGCCACUUUUGACAAGCAACAGUGCAGCAGGCGGAAUAUACAGCAAUGACAAGAUCAUUGAUGUUUUACAUCGGUUUACUGGGAGCCUGGAAGUCAUUGCAGGUCAAGCACAGGGUUCCAUUGUACUUCCCAUUCCCUCACUUGAAUUAUUGAAAAGCACCUCAUUAUUCAACAAGCAUGGAGCUGGAAUACAUAUUUUGGAAACCUCAGUCAUUGGCUGGAUAAGGCAGAUCAAGGUUGUGCUCAAACAUGAACCUCUUGCUGAGAUUAAAGCCAAGGGUGUAAUGGCAGGGAUUUAUCAGGAAAAGGAGAUAUGGGAAAUGCACAUUCACAAUCUGGAAUCUAUCAGCCUGCAGUUAAAUUCUACUGAAGCCAGAGAGAUUGUCUACCAUCUGGAGCAGGCUAAAAGCAUGUAUGGUAAUUCAAUUUCUGCAGUGACAAAUGAUGUACAAAAGGAAUGGCAUCAAGCAAAAGAAAACUUGAUGUUCCUAAAGACAUUGGUUAUGUGCUAUGAUCAACUAAAAUCUGCCAAGCUCCACUCAGAGAAGCAGAAAUGUUUUUUUCAAAUGCUCCACAAUUUGUUGUUUGUUUGGAAGCACUCCAGAUACUAUCAUCAACGUAAAGUAUUUGUAAACCUGCUUAAGCUAAUGUCCAAUGAAGUGGUUCAGAUAGCUUGUGGUCUGCUGGGAAACAAUUUGCUUCAGAAUACUCAGGCAUACAGUUUGCUAAAGGAAGCUUUAAAAAUGUGUGCAACCUUUCGUGGAAAUUACCUUGAUGUAAAAAUCAAAGCUGAUGAGUUCAAUAUGUUGAAGAUGGAGGAAAAUGGCAGCUUAACAAAAUCCAAGAAAGCAGCAGAAACUGUUUGUAACAUUACCAUGUAUGAAGUGCCAAUUCCAAGAGUUUAUGGAAGGGACCUUUCCAUGAAUGAUAAAAAUCUGAAGGAUGAAGAAGAUGCCAAAUGGGUAGAUUCUCCCUGGCCUCUGUACAAUGCAACUUGUUUCCAGAAUAUGAAUAUGUUUAUGGAAAGAUGCAAUGACGUACUUGAUUUGGUGGAGACCAUGAAGCAUUUUGAGGUAUUAAAGGCUGUAACCGCAAUAGGAGGUGCUGGCACUUCAAGUUUGGAUGCUAUGGUACAGGAUAUCUGGAACUCAUAUUGCCUGGCCAAAGAUGCAUUUAUUAGCCAAGUUAAAGAUAUUUUUAUCAUUGACAAAAAUAAUCCAUUUCAGAAAGCAUUUUUUGAUUUAAGAACUGCGAUUAAGAGUCUGGAACAUCAACUUGGAAAUAUUCUUAGAAGCAGUUUUGACCAAUGUCCAACGGUUGCAUCCCAGCUCAGGCUGCUGGAGGUGUUUGAAGGUGUCAGCAGAAGAGAUAUUGUUAAGGACCACCUGAAGGAUAAGGAUCUCCAAUUGUAUACCAUGUUUAUGGAAGAACUUCAUCAAGUAAAGGCCAUGUAUCUGGAAACUGCACAUAAUCCACCAUUGCAUAUUAAUUUGACUCCUACAAUCAGCAAUAUUUUAUGGAUAAAGGGACUUCGAGCAAGGAUUUCUGGUCCUAUGGUAAAUCUGAAGAGAGUAUCACCUAUCACUCUUGAAGGAGACAUGGGCUGGGAAAUGAGACAUAUCUAUACUGAGAUAUCAGAAGAGCUGGAAAGGUUUGAGACUAGUGUGGUGACAUCAUGGGUUUCAGCUGUGAACAAAGAAAUCAAUGAUUCCCUAAAGCUUCCUUUGCUUAAGACUGCAUCGAUGCAUGAUUCUGGAGUAUAUCUAUGUACAAUAGAGAUUAAUCUUAACACAGAUCUUCUGGCAUAUCUACGCGAAGCAGAAUACUUCUCAAAACCACCUUUCACAAUGAAGCUCCCUGAACAAGUUGGAUCACUUGUAAGCAACAUGGAAACAAACAGGCUAAAAAUGAUGUCUACCCGGCUGGAAACAGUAGUCUCAAAGUAUAAUGAAGUUAUGAAGUCAAUCUCAUCCCAGCAGAUGGCGCUAUUUGAAAAAAAAUUGUUAAAGAUCUCAGAGAUUCUGAGAGAUGGAAUGAGCUUGUUCACUUGGAGCAUGGAUGAGAGCACUGAUUAUAUUGAAUUUUCUACUUCCUACAUCUGCACUGAUCUCUAUAACAGCUUCAGCAUUGUUACAAAUAAUUACAAGCUCAUUAGUGGGCUCACAGCAUUAUGGUGCACAGCAAACCUUGACAUUUUCACCUGUCGAGAUUCCAGCAGGAGCUACUCCACUACUGAAUUAAUGAUGAAACAGAAGGAAAUGGAGUACGAUCUGGAGAACUUACUGCUUUCUGAUGGGCACAGGAUUCACAGCCUUGUUCAACAGUCCUUUGUUGCUUGUGGGAUCAGCGAGGCAUCACCUGCAUGGCAGGAAUUUAUAAUGCACAUUGAUGCUAUAAUUCUACAAGGGCUAAAGAAUCUAACUAUAUCCAGCAUGGCUGCACUGCUAAACACACUACUGGACCAUGAACAUAUUCCCGUACUGAACAUUGAUAUUGAACUGAUUAAUGGUGAAGUUGCAUUCAAUCCACCUCUUGACCGGAGCACCUCUGAUACAAGUGUAAUGGAAGAUAUAGAAGAAUGGCUCAAAAUGUUUCUUCUUCGAGGAUCACAUAUACAGGGACUUUCUUCAACUGUUAAGGGGGGCUAUCAAGAGUAUGUGUCAGAAGACAAAGAAGCAUUACAACUCAUAGGUCUCAUCCUCCAGCAAGUUGAGAGCGGUAUACUGGAAUGUCAGGCACUUCUACAGGGUUUCAGGAGCUAUUCGUAUUUAUGGAAAAAAGAUAUUAAUGUAGAAUUCCAGAAUUUCCUUUCUGGUAAGCAGACGGUUGGCUGUAUGUCCAAGAAAGAUGUGACAGAAAAUGAAGUAGUCCCUUUGAUUACGAAUGAUAUUUCAGUAAAGCCACAAAACAACCAAUUGAUUGUAGCAGAAAGGGCAUUCAUUUUGCCCAGGGAUACCAGUACACACAUGAUGCAAGGCCCACUCCUCGAAGACUUUGACUCUGAAAUCUCAGCAUCCAAGGCUGUCAGGGACAGCAUCCAGGGACUUCCAGAUCAUCAUCAAUGCAGAUGGAUUCAAGUGGACUUCAGACCUGUUUAAACAGGUUCUUUCUGCUAUGCCCUAAAGUGGAUGUGGGACCUUACAAAAUACCUCAUAGAUCAGACAUCUGCAACAUUAAAGAAUUUAGAUUCCUUCUUGAGAAGGACAGAACCCCAGAUUGAAAGCAUUACAGGAGAGGAGAGAGAUACUGGAUCAUUCAUGAAGAUGAUGCGCCUUUUUAAUGAGGUAUCAUCCAAACAAGCAGAAAUGGAGGUACAGUUUGCGAUUUUACAGAAGACUGUAAGCCUAUUAGGAAAGCAUGAGAUGAUUCUUCCCUCUGAAUGUGAAGUACUUUAUAGGACAAUGCCGGCACGCUGGAACACUAUGAAGACCAAAGUUUCCCUUGCCAAACAACGUCUGGGGCCAAGGAUACAACAAGAAGCUGACAUUGUGUCCAAGGAUUUAGAAACAUUUCAGCGUAAACUUGACACUCUUGGUUCUAACAUUGAAAAUUCUGAAGUCUACAAAUAUGAAUGUACAGCACAAGAAGCCUUUGACAUCAUAGAGAAAUUUACGUCACAACUGGAAAAUGUUCAAAAAGAAGCUAAAGACUUAAAGGAACUGCAGGAGCUUCUUGAAACAACAGUUGUGGACUUCUCCAUUUUGAACAAUUGUGAUGAGAUGUUGCAGAAUCUGAGCCUUGUGUGGGAGCAUGUAGAUUCAAUCUUUAAAGAGCAUGACGUCUGGAAGAAGGAACUAUGGCAAAAUAUGGAUACUGAGGAAAUGCACAAGAGAACCAGACAGCAGCUAGCCCAUCUGCAAUCCCUUCCUGGAGAAGUCCAGGAAUGGGAUGUUUACAAGCAGGUGCUGGAAGCUGUGAAUGUUAUGAAUUUGACCUUGCCACUGAUAGAAGACCUCAGCAACCCUGCAAUGAGGACAAGGCACUGGAAACAACUUGUUCGUCAAACAGGAGGAAUGCUCCGUGUAACUGCAGAAAGCUUAAAAGCCAUGACCUUGGGUGACUUACUAGUAAUGGACUUACAAAAACACACAGGAGAUGUGAGAAUGACAGUGCAACGGGCAAUGAGAGAUUUGACAACUGAAAGCUCUUUGAAGAAUUGUGAAGAAGUCUGGCUGAGCAGAAUAUUUGAUCUUGGCCCUCACAGCAGAGUCAUAUCAGCCAGAGCUGAAAACGAGGAACUGGCAAGCUCAGUGUCCGGUAGUCACUACACCAAGGCAGACACGGGCCGAAACCUGACAACAGGAAAAGGAAGCAGAAGGCUAAGCAAACAAUCUGAUCGUGGUUUCCACUUGUCAAAGAAGACAGGCAGGGGCAGCACAUUGUCAUUGUUUGAAUCUCUGAAACAUAUAGAGGACUUUGGCAAGGUCCAACUCCUGAGGAACACCGAGUCUAUAUUUGAGGAACUGGAACAUCAUCAGCUAGUGCUGACCAGUAUUCAACCCUAUGCAGAAGCUGGAUCAUUUCUUGAUGAUGUGACAAAAUGGCAGAAGAAGUUACAGGUCAUUGAAACAACUGUCCAACUGUGGCUUUCCGUGCAAGAUAGAUGGACUCAACUUGAAGAGGUGUUUUCCACAUUAGCAUUUCGUGUCGCAAUGCCCAGAGAAGCCAUAUUAUUUGCUGAUGUGCAUCACCAUUUUUGUCGACUGAUGAAAUCUGUGGAAGAAAAUCCAAACAUCUUGCAGAAUUGCAUGCGAAGAGGACUACAGUCUCUGUUAGACAUGCUGAACUACAAACUUGAGCGCUGUCAGCGUGCCGUCCGACUGCACCUGGAACAAAAAAGACAGGCUUUUCCAAGACUUUUUUUCUUGUCCUUGGAAGACACCCUUAACAUUGUGUGCUAUGGUUAUGAUCUGAAUGUUUUAAGCAGCUACAUAGUGAAGAUGUUUCAUUAUGUGCACAGUCUUAUACAUCAGUUUAACUCAGAACAUGAGUGUAACCAGAUUUUGGGUGUAAGAAGUUUUUUGGGGGAAGAACUUUACCUUACAAAGCCUCUUGAAUGUAGUGGCCCUGUGGAGAAUUGGCUCCCGCAGCUUGUAAACAGCAUAAAAGCUUCUCUUCAGCAUCACCUGUGGGCAGCCAUGGAGCGCUCCAGCACCGUUAUAACAAGGAGAAAAGAGAUACACAGUGCUGGGGCCCGGCGGGUGCUCAUAAACAAGACUUCCUCCAUGGGGGAAACUGCUGCAGAUGAGAGAAAAAUGGACACACCCCAAGAUAAUGAAGACAGAAUAUCCAUGGCAUCUGUGGAUGUUGGGGACCAGCAAUCUAGGCACUGGGUCCUCUCUACAUUAAAUGAUGUGGCGUACCUCUCCACUCAGAUUAAGUUCUGCCGAGAAUAUAGUGGAGACAGUGAACAAAGGAGUGAAAGAUUGCAGGGCUGCCUUAAGGAUCUGACAGAAGGAAUUGAGUAUGCUGCCAAGAUAUUAAAUGAAAUUCCCCAGGAAGACAUUCAGCUGCAUUCUAAAAGAAGCUCAAAGGCAGAGAGGAAAGGAAAUGGGCAAGAUGAAGGUGACGUUUUUGAAAAACAGCAAGAUGUCAAUCCUCUAGCUCUUAAGCCAAUGUUUUCUGCCGAAGAUGUAGCAAAAUUAACCAAUCACAUCCUUCUAUUAUUAUAUCAGCGUGAUGUGACAAGUCAGAUUCUGUCAGGAACCGCACCAUUAUGGAAACAGAACCAACCAUUGUGCUAUGAAUUUGAUGACAAUACCAAAGAGAUUGUUGUGAAGAUUGGUGACUCUGAAGUCCAAUACGGUUAUGAAUAUCAAGGAUCAGCUGAACAUAUUUUCAUAACUCCUUUAACCGAACGGAUCUUUCUCAGUGUUAUGGGAGCAGUGUUUGCUGGGACUUAUGCUCUGUGUGCAGGUCCUCAGGCAUCUGGGAAGAAAUCUACCAUCCGAGAAUUAUCUCUGGCACUCGGAAAGCCUCUUUUCUACUUUAAUUGCUCAAGCUCUUCUGAUAAUGGCAUUUUGCAAGACAUUUGCAAAGGACUUACUGCUGCAGGAGCUUGGGUCUGCCUGAAUGGAUUAGAACAAUUAUCUCAACCCAGCCUUUCUUUGAUAACUCAGAUGCUUACACAGAUACAGUCAGCUAAGCAUCUUGGGAAAGAAGCAGUCACUUUACAAUUGGAAGAAGUCCCUUUAAACACAGCAGGCUUAUGCAUUGCAAUCAUUAAGAGGUCACCGAUUGGCCCAGAAACAUAUAAGCUUCCUGACAGCCUCCUGAACUGUUUUCGGAUAGUUGGAGUUCACAGAUGUCCCAUCAGCUACAUUCUUGAAGCACAGUUGAUUGUUAGAGGAUUCUCCCAUGUUUCAUACCUGGCACAAAAGCUCUUCACCAUACUGGACUCCUUUGCAAAGCUGCAUACUGCAGAUCUUUUAGGAUCUGGAUCAUCUCAAAGUGGAAAAUUUACUGGCUCUUCGGUAAAAGAACUUAAUAGUCUACUUGAUGAAGCAAGCGACAUUCUCAAAUUUCUCCAAAAAUGCCGCACUGAACACCAAGAUCAAGAAAAGAAAGCAGAUGAAGAAUGGAAGCAGUGGCUAGAGGACAGAGCUAUUGUUACAGCCAUAUACAACUGCUGGUUACCACAACUGUCAACAGACAGGGAACAUGCUUUUAAGACUUUUUUGAAGGCAGAAUUUCCAAAUGUAUUUAGUCUGGAAAACAACUUGUAUGACAGUGGUACAGAUUUCAAUAAUUUUGAUGGUCUGCUCCCUGCAGUCAUUGCUGCAAAAUAUGGUCCUGGACGGCAGGUUCCCUCAUCUGAAUGUACGGGAGAAACCAGUGUCCCAAGUGCCAUAAUAAAAGCUGCAGAAAAAUGUCAUAUUUUUCCCAGUAACACAUUUGUAUCCAAAGUUUCCCAUCUGGUUCAGCUGGCACCAAAAUACCAAACAGUUUUGGUGACAGGGCCUUCAGGAUGUGGGAAGACAACAUGUAUAAACGUCUUUGUGGAAAUACUUACAGACGAAGGCAAAAAGAUCAAGACUGAUAUGGUUUAUACUGAGGCUCUCCAGCCUGGUCAGUUGCUCGGGUUUAUGAAUAAAAGCCAUGGAUGGGUUGAUGGCUUGCUACCCCAAUUGUUAAGAACGUACUGCCAGCCAAGUUCAAUUAGUGACCACAAUCAAGUAAAUAUUCUGCACUUGGAUGGAGAGGUUAGUGGCUAUGAAAUGGAACUGAUGCAGAAUUUAUACCAUGGAGCAGAAUUUUUUACAUUGGAAAAUAACGAAUGUAUACGCCUCUCCGAGUCUCUUCAAAUUUUUUGGGAGCUGGAUACAUUAGCCAAUGUGAGCCCUUCCAUCUUGUGUUGUAUGGGUAUUCUGGCCAUGACAAAUGAUGAUAUAGAUUGCAAAUUACCUCUCCAAAUGUGGGUGACAACUCAAGAGGAAGAACAUCGGCCACUAUUACAUCAACUCACCAAGACCUUCCUAGAGCCCUGUUUGCAGUUUCUCAGACAUAAACAAAUACUUCAUCCACAAGGAGAAAGAGAUGAACAAAGGACAUCACAUAGAGAUAUCUUCCUUUGUGAAGCAAGUGUGGUACAGACAUUCUGUAGGAUUGCCAAGGCUUUGUUGCUCCAUGUCCCUGACAUGCUGGUUGAGGAUAAAAAGAAAUAUUUCAUAUUUGCAUGCAUAUGGUCUUUUGGAGGAUGGCUGGACUCCAGUGAAAGAACUAUGUUCAGUAACUGGUGGAGGCACACAUAUAGAAACCACACCACCUUUCCAGCAGAAGUUGAGGUCUGGGACUAUCACAUUGACACUGAUACGCGACAUUUUGUCAGAUGGCAUGACACACUUUCCUCCUACUCUGUUAGUCAUGGACAAAACAUGGCCUCCGAGGCAUUUGUUCACACACUACACAGCGAGCAACUGCUCUACCUUUCAAGUCUAUUGACUACCUCAGGCCAUCCUGUUCUUUUGGCUGGAGAUACCGGUUGUGGAAAAUCCAUUCUUAGCCAUGAGCUGCUUAAUGCUCUGUGCUUGGGGGAUGUAGCUGAGAUGUCUGAACUAAGAAUUCCCAUCAACAGUUCAACAGAUCCUCGGAGACUAUGGGGAUGUUUAAAAGAUCGACUGGAGUGGCGACAUGGCACAAUGCAUACACCAGCAGGAAACAAGAAAUUGUUAUGUUUGCUUGAUGACCUCAACCUUGCUAAGACAAAUAAACGUGGAGGCCAGCCAGCAUGUGAGUUUGUUCGACAGCUGCUUGAUCAAGAAAGAAUAUUUGAUCCCCUGUCUUUGAAUUGGAAAACAAUCAAGGGCAUCAUAUAUCUGGCAACAUGGAAUACAGCAGCAUCUGAGAUUCCCCCAGCCCAAAGGCAGCGUUUGCUCAGACAUUUUUGCAUCUUUCCCUGCAAAUACCCAAGUCAAAGCGAACAGUUUGGAAUAUUCAGCAGUAUACUGAAUGCUCACUUUGUGCCAGGAGUGAUGGAACACAAGGAUGGCAGUUCAGGCUGUAUGGCUGCUGAGCAUCUACAUGGAUUAAUUGCAGCAAUCACUAAAGUUUCAAUUGAACUACACAAAAGACUGCGGACUGUUUUUUUGGAGACAUCUCAGCGCUGUCACUACAUAUUUACACUUCGUGAUCUUGCAAAAGUAUUCAGGAAUAUAUGCCUGUCUUUGGAUGGAAAGACCACAACUGAAAAGCUUCUGAGGCUUUGGAGACAUGAAAGUAAUUGGGUUUAUGGGCACAGAAUGUCCAGUGCAGUGGAUUAUAACCGAUAUGUACAAGAAUUGACUACAGCAGCCCAGAAAGAGUUAAUGAAUGAAGAAGAGGUCCAGAUCAUUGUGGGUCCUCAGCAGCCCCUAUUUAGUAACAUUGUUGAGGAUGAUGGUGGGUUAAUCUCUACUGUAGCCAGACAACAGGAUGUGAAUUUGUUUAGGAGAAGUGAGAAGGCCAGCAGCAGCACUCAUAUCCUAGAUGGGUACCAGGAAACGUUUGAUUCAGUCCAUGUGAAACAGUUGCUUACAGAGGCACUGAGAGAAUACAACAAAGUGAAUGCCAGAAUGAACAUCACAUUUUAUCAGUGUACCAUUAAUCUGUUGUGCCGCUUGUCCCACAAUCUCUGGAGCCCUCAUGGAAGUGCGCAUACUUUGCUAUGUGGUGAAGGCUGCCCACGAUCAACCAGCUCAGUAGCUCGACUUGCUGCGCACUUGUCUGGAUUUAGUGUGGUCCAGCUUGGGUCACAUAUGAAAAUAGAAGAUGAAGAGCAGCGAGCCAGACAUUUCAAAUCCCAGCUUGUUGACUGCUAUGUUAAAGCUGGACUGAAAGGUCAAAGAACUAUGGUCCUGCUCACUGAAGAGGACAUUGAUCCAACAGCACUGGUGUACAUUGCUGAAUUUGUUGUUUUUGGAUCAGUAUCUCAUCUCUUCACACUGGAACAACAGGCAACCAUAGCUCAUGCCAUGAGAAGUGAGGUAACCAAUGCUGGACUGACAUACUCCAAGGAGAGUGCAUGGAAUCUGUUUUUGCAGGUGGUUCAGCAGAACAUUCGCUGGUUUCUCAUUCGUAGUGACAUGGGAUCUAUAUUCUACAAGUGGUGUCAACAAUUUCCCUCCCUCUUUAAUGCACUUAAUGUUUAUUAUGUCCCUCAGUGGACAAGGGAAACUCUAGUAGAGCAUGCAAGUUAUCACAUAGAAGAUUUAGGCAUGCUGACCAAGCAAGACAAAGAAAACGUAUGCUAUCUUCUAUCAUCCAUGCAUCUUUCUAUUACUAAAUAUAUGAAGUCAUCCGAAAGUACAUAUGGCAAGAUAACCAAUGCAACCUUUGAACAUUUUGCUCAGUGUUUUAGAGCUCUUAUGAAAGAUCAGUAUUCUGCAAUAUUAAAGCAACAUGAUUUUGCUAAAGAAGUCCUAAUUUGCAUUGAACAAAAACUUAAAUCGCUUGAAAAACUGACAGAUGACCUAAUUCAUGAAAAGAUUGUCCUGGAACAACACAAGGAGGGGACACUGAAAAUAUUGCAACAGAUUGCCCAGGAUAAAGCUGUGGUGGAACAGAAGAUCCAUGCUGUUCAUCAGCAGUUACAAAAGAUCAAGAAGUUCAGAUCCCUUCUUCCUGAAUAUCAAGUUGCAUUUGAGAAGGCAGAGUACAAAUGUUCUGCUAUCUUAGAAAACAUUAAGGACCUGGUGCAAAACAUGGAUGUAGCAGCACUAGGAGAGCUGCGCGCAAUGCAGAAGCCAGAUUUGGAUAUUGAAGAGCUCAUGGCUUCUAUCAUCAUAAUUCUGAAGUCUCCAAACACUGACCUCACCUGGGCAAAGGGAGCUAAGAGGCAAAUGGCCAAUCUUGACCGAUUCAUGAAUGAGCUAACAACAUUUCAUAUUGCCCAGUUGCCGCAGUCUACUCUUGAGCUGCUAGAAGCUAAUAUCAGGAAAAUUCAGUUUACCCCUGAAAACAUGGAGAGAAAGGCGGCUGGUAACAUGGCAGCAGGAAGUCUUAUGAGAUGGCUUCAAAGGGCAGUGCAGUAUUAUCGGAUUCUAACGUCUAAGGUGAAACCUUUGCAGAGCAGAGUUGCUGAAAUGACAAUUGCUUUAGAAGACGCAGAACAGAAAAUGAUAUCUUUACAGCAGAGAAAAAAAGCUCUUCUUUCAAGAUUGAGUGACCUAGAGAGGGGCUUUGAAGAGGCAACCAUGCAUAAAAACAAGCAACAACAAAAGACUAUUGAAAUAGCCUGUAAAUUAGAUCAGGCAGCACAAGUAGCACAGCUCCUGGAAGACGAGAACAAGAAAUAUGCUGCUAUUGUAAGCUCCCUUCCAGACAGGCUCAGUGGGAUUCCUGGAAGUACAGCCCUGGCAGCGGGAUUAGUGUCGUACCUUGGUGCUUAUGAACACCACUUUCGACAGCUCAUGCUAACAGUGGAAUGGCCUAUGGCUGUUAAAGAAAGAGGUUUCCCAUUAAUGGUCGACUCAAUUGAUCCAGACAUAGGGCGUGUGAUUGAAUUCUCGGUAAUAUUCCCCAAUGAUAUUCCUGUGGAUAGACAGAAGAACAGUAAUGAUACAAACAGUCUAAAAACAAAAGAAAAAGACAAUGAUGAUGAAAGUGCACAGAACCCUGCAGACCAAGAGACUACUGUUUCUUCUUUUUUACCUGUGAUUACUGAGGAUCUCUACAUGGACUUUAUUAGGGCUUUGAUUAUGAGAAUUGUUAAGAUGGAGGAAGUUCAAAAAUGGUCAGCAAAAGAUUGGACUCCACAGCAGAUGGAGAAUGCAGCUAUACUUUCCUUUUCUUGGCAGCGUCCCACAUUGCUGAUAGAUCCAUGUUUUGAAGGAGAGAUGUGGAUUCAAGAUAUCCUGGGGACAAACUCAGGAAAUCUGUUCUCUUCCAUAAAUCUACAGGCAAGGCAAGACAGCAGUGUCCUGGCUCCAAUUGAAAAAGUCAUUAUAACUGGUGGCCCCCUGAUUCUAAAUAACUACUGUAGUAAAUGGGAUGACUUACUGAUGCCUCUUAUUGAUCACUGCUGUGCCGCUAAUGAUAAAUGCAGCCUGCAAGAUACUUCCUCAAUUAUAUCCUUCAAUGGGCACAGGCUCCUCUGUGCAGACCACUUCAGACUAUAUCUUGCAGCUGAUGAGUUAGAACCCAGUCUUAACACUGAAAUAAGUUGUGGUACAACUAUUAUUAAUUACAGUUUUUCUGAAGGAAGUUUGCUGGAAUUUUUGCUAAGAAGAGUUUUUGCAAAACUUCAGCCAAAUCUCUAUAGCAAGCUAAUGGAAAUGGCCAACAUUAUCCUGGACUAUCAAAAGAGCAUAAAGGAGCUGGAAAAAAAAAGUAGAGAAUGUUUUUUUUCUAUGCAGUUAAACAAUGUGACCAGUGACAUUAACAUUGUUGCUAUUUCACAGGAAAAGAAAAAAAUUUCAAAUGAGUUGGAGAAAGCCAGAUUACACCUAAAUGACCUGCUGCAAGUGAGAGAAACUUUGUACCCCAUAGCUCAACAAGGGGCGGUCUUAUAUUCAGUCUUAAAGUCUCUGAGAUCUUUGGCUCAGGAAUAUUAUUUCUCCUUUGAUUUUUUCUUGAAACUAUUUGACUCAGCCAUUGAUACAAAGAACAAGACCAAUGAAGAUGUUUUUCAGAUGAAAAAGGAAACAUCUACUGAAGACCCUUCCCUAAUAGUUUCUCCCUCUGAACCUGACAAGCAUAUGGAAGAAUCGUUAUUAAACGACAAGGACACAGAGGAAACUGGAGAUUCUGAAACCCAAUUACUCACCAACCAGACUGACCUAAGUGCCUCCCUUCGAUCUUCAGUUCAGAUGAGAAAGAUAAUGGAUCAGUUAACCCAAGCUGUAUACCAGCUUAUGAUUGAGAGCCUGCUUCCGGAACACAGAACACAAGCCUGUGCUCUAUUGUUUCUCUCUAUGCAACAAUUAGAAAAUAAAAAUUCUAUCACAGUGGAGGAAAUGGAUUUUUUCUUAAAAGGCAGCUACACAUUCAACAAAGAAAAUCUAAAUGGUUGUAAUUACACCCUAAACCCACCAUCAUGGUUGCCUUAUGACAAAUGGGAAGAAUUCAUGUUUUUGUCAGGCACUUCAGUACAACUCAGGCAGUUGUGUCACCAGAUAACAGAGAAUGCUUCAGAUUGGGAAAAAUGGUAUGCAUUGGAUUAUCAAAAUAGUUCAGAUGCUCCAACAAAUGAAGAUAAUGUGUGCAGUGGUGUUUUCAGGCUUCCUCUAUGUGUAGAUACAGUAUCCCAUUUGGAUGAGUUUCAGCACUUAUUGAUUAUUCGUGCAGCACACCCAGAAUACUUUCCUGAUGCUGUAUGUCAGUGGGUCAAACAACAUUCCAGAGAUCUAGACCUUCAGAACUGUUGCCUGAGUAUUGAAAGUAUGGCAGCGCUGGAUCAAAAUACAUUUGGUAUUUUAGUUAUUGAACCUUCUACUACCAGCAAAAUUUCAUACAGUGGAACAAUCUUGAGCCAUAAAGCCAAACAAACCAUCACCAGUACAGCAAAGGAGCAGAACAUACCACUGCUUUUAGUGAGCAUUAAGAAUGACAACGAGGAAGAGAUGGAAACAGCAGUAAAUGAUACAAUGAAUCAGAAUGGCUGGCUCAUUAUUCAAAAUCUUCACCUAGCUUCAAAGGCCAUGCUAAAGAACCUAUUCAAAAUCUUGAAAUAUGCAGCAAAAAUGCAAGCAUCACAGAAAGAAGAAAGACAGUACUGUGUGUGGCUUACUUCUGAACAUGGUGCAUCUAUUCCUAAAGACUUCCUAGCACAUCUUAAAAAGGUAUCCUGGCAUUUCCUCCUAAUGAUGAAUAAAGACAGAAAGAAAUCAUCAGUAAAUGAUUGGAUAUAUAUUGACCAUCUCCCACAACUGUUGCUUUCAGCCAUCACAUCAGCAAUGGAUCAGAUAAAUGAAGAGACUUGUUCAAGGGUGAAGAAGAUGCCAACUACCAUUCAAAGACUCUACUUUGGAAAUUGUGUGUUGUAUGGUGUUCUCCAAACACAGUGGAUAUUUCCCAAAACUGGGUUGAAUCAUCUAAUGGAUAUGAGUCCUGUACAGUUACACCAGGCCCUUAAUGCCAUCCUUUCUACCUAUGAGAGAAUGAAAGAUUGCAAUAACAACUUUUAUGAUGCUGUGGUAGAGGAAGUGAACUCUGUAUAUUCUGGACUGUCGCUAACAUCUGUGGAUGCAAAUUAUAUUGGCGCUCUAGUGCAUGAGAUCAUUUCAUCUUCAUUUAAUGAAAAAGAAUUUAUUGCCAUCAGCCAUCUUAGCAUACCUAUUCCACCUGGUCAUGUGGAUCCUGAACAUUAUUCUAGUUGGUUGUUUGACAACAUGUCCUUGAAGAAUAUUCAGAAAGAUGCCUUCUUGCCAAGUACUGCUGAGAAAGCUGCAGAGACUGCCUAUGCCACUGAAUUUAUGCACAAUAUAUCAACAAUAUAUGACACCAUGCAAAGUUCUGUGCCGAUGAUCACAACCGAAAGUUGUAAUACUGUAAAGCAGCUUGCCUACUUGCGUACUGUUAUUGAAGAGGUGUUAGAACAACUCCCUCCAUUGAUACAGGUCGAUGAUCUUAAUAAGUCAUUGCAAGAGACUUAUUCCAUUCAAAAUGGGACUGCAUCAGAACAGCAAACUAGUACAUACAUUCUCAUACAGGAGUGCAACUGCAUGAACAAUUCCCUUAAACAAAUUAAAUACAACAUUUCUUCAUUGUCAAGGUGUUUGCUGGGUGGACUGACAGCAAUACCAGAAAAUCUGAGAGACGUUGCAGAUUUCUUACAGAGAGCAGAGGUCCCAAAAUCUUGGCUUCCCUCACACAGCUGCCAGACAUCUCAUAAUAUCAGCACUUGGCUGGAAGGUCUGCAAAAGAAACAUAAACAGCUCAAGCAGUGGGUGAGGAAAGGUCUACUACCCUUUGCCAAGAGUGAAAAGGAAGCUUUGACUUCCAUAAGUGCUGGAGUUCUGGUUAACCCAGAGGGCUUGUUGUUGGCACUGAGAACUGAGUUUGCAGUUCGUCAUGGAUAUUUAUUGCAUGAGGUGGUACUCCAAUGUCAUAUAAAAGAAUAUCUAGACUGUAAACCAAACAAUGAGGUCUAUCCGCUCUGUCUCGAGGGUCUCAUAUUACAAGGUGCAGAUUGGGAUUUCCAAAAAAAUCACUUGGUAGAUUCCAGGGGUACAUUUAAUCCAUUACCAUAUGUCGUCAUAAUUCCUACCCUUCUUGGGAAUGUCAAAGAACCUGCAGAUGGCAUUGAUUUCUACCAGUGUCCAUUGUACAUGGACUAUACAAUGGAGAGUUGUGUAAUGAGGCUCCCUCUCUUGGGUACAAAACCUAUAACACAGUGGCAGCUAAAGAAAGUGGCUGUUAUCUUAAAUCCAGAAACUGGCUUUAACUCAUCAGGAACAUUCUUGCAUCCAACAAAGAAAACUCAAAGAAGCUUUCCACUUUUAUACUCACAGACAGUAAUGGAUAAAUCAUCACACUCCAGAAUUUUCAACAGACCAAGCAGAAGUAAUGACUCCUUGUUAGUGAAGGCUCAUCGGCAUGUGAUAUCUGCGAGCAAUGAUAUUGAAAGCUUUUCAUCAAAGAGUGUAAUUGCUGACAGUUUAAUAAUGGAGACAGCAAAUGGCUCUGAAUCACUCAAGCAAAACGCAACAAUGGAUACAGUUGGCGAGAUCACAGUUUCUGGUAACAAUUUAGUAACAAAUCUGGAUUCUGAUAAGUUUAAGAGAGAAACUGUAAACGAUGGACAUCAGCUGCCAUCUAUACCUGAUGAAAACGAAGAUGGCAAUGAAAUGAGAGAAAACUUGGCAGAGGGAAGCGGUUUCCUUGAGUUUCAGUUUGAUGGAGCUGCAGAGACAGUAAAUGAGCCAUCCAUUAGAGAACACUUAAUGGAGCACACAAGGAAUACUGAUCAUGAGCUUACCGGUAAUGAGCAUGACCAUGAAGAUAAUGAUGGCAACUUUGAUGAGUCAAAAAAUCAAGAAUACAAAGAAGGAUUGGAUACAAAGUGGCAAGACAGCCCUGACAAAAGUCUGCAGGACAAUAGCGAAUAUGAAGAAGGUGAACAUCAAACUGUCUUUAUUAAUGAACAGUACAAUGAAAAAAAUAACGAACAAGACUUUAAUUACAUUAGUACCCCUGAUAAUGUGACUGAUGACAACAGUGUCAGCACUAGAAAGCCUAGCGUUCAACCCUUUGAAAAAUCUGAUUUCCUCAAUGCUGAUACAGAAUGCUUACAUGAUACUGAGCAGUGAAAAACUUCACAGGACUUUACAGUCAUGCCGGAUGCAAUAUGAUCCUGGGCAUAACAACUUUUUGCUAAACUUAACUUUUAAUCAAAAAUACAAAUGAGACAAAAUGAUGAUUUAUUUUCACAAUUCUGUAUUCAAUAUUAGUACAUAAAUCUGUGAAUAUAUACAAA